AUGGCUUCUCAAUCAUCAGUAGUAAUAUUCAUGAUGAUGAAAUAUUACCUUCUUGCCAUUCUUCUUCUGUGUAUGCUGCACAUGAGAUGCUCUACAGCCCAAGUAGCUGGAUAUAUUGGAAAGGAGAAGGAUGCUCUCGUUGCCCUCAAGAACAGUUUCAACUAUCCGUACCUAAACACUAACUGGACGGGCCCUCCUUGCUUCAAAAGUGAGCCCUCAACUUGGUACGGGAUUCAAUGUACUGGUUUCAAUGACAUUGGCCACGUGACUGGAAUUGUGUUGAAAAAUAUGCCACUGAACAGAAGCAUCGACAUCUUCGCUUUCACCGACUUGGCUGAGUUGUCUGCCCUAACCUUGAAGAACAACUCUCUGUGGGGAAACAUGAUGGAUUUUUCCCUCAAUCCGAAGCUGACGCAUAUCGAUCUUUCGGGCAACAUGUUCCGUGGGCAAAUUUCACCGUCGCUUUUGAGCCUUGGGACAUUGGAGUCAUUGCAGCUUCAGGAUAAUGGAUUCAGCGGUCCAAUUCCUUGGUUGAACCAGUUAACCUUAAAAAUAUUCAAUGUCUCAAACAACAAUGUCAAUGGAUCGAUUCCGAUGACUCAAGCUCUCCAAGCAUUUGGCUACGAUUCGUAUUCUGGCAACCCAGGGUUGUGCGGCAAGCCUUCUCCCAUUGCUUGCAACUCUUCUAGCAUUGAUGACAACCCAGGCACAGCUGAUUCAGUUGAUAAAACUCCCAAGAAUAGGAAUAAGUUCAGUUCGUACUUGUUUCUUUUGGAUGUUGCUGGUCUUGUUGUUCUAAUUUUGCUUUUCAUUCUAUAUUACAAGAAAUCGCAUAAGCUGAAGAAGAUGUUCAAGGAAUUUGAGAAAACUAAAUCAUCAGCAUCAAUGAUCAAUAAUAAUAUUGAUCAGGAGGAAAAAAAUGAUGUUGGCGACGAUAGAACGAAGACAGAAGGUCACCGGGAUCCAAUAACGAGACCCAACGCCGCAGCACAAGAACAUCAAACUAAGAGAGAUCAUCAAAUAUUUGAGAUGGAAGAUCUGCUAAAAGCCUCUGCCGUAGGGUUGGGUAAGGGAAUUUUUGGAAAUAGCUAUAAAGCAGAGAUCACCACGACCAAUAACGCCGUGGCGGGGGGCAGGCAAGUUAAGCAAGCCGUGGUUGUUAAGCGGCUGAGGGAUCUGAAGCCACUAGUUAACGAGGAAUUUACAGAGCCGUUGCAGCUGAUUGCCAAUCUGAAGCACCCCAAUUUGCUGCCUCUUCUUGCUUACUACUUGUCCAAGGAUGAAAAGUUGCUGCUGUAUAAAUACGUUCCCAACGGAAAUUUGUUUAACCGAAUGUUUGGAGAAAGAGGCCCGGAUCGCAUUCCAUUUCGAUGGAGCUCAAGGCUAUCAGUUGCUCAAGGUGUUGCCCAAGCACUGGAGUAUCUCCACCUCAAAGCGACAUCGUCAGCUCAAAGCAGCAGCAGCAGCACUGCUCCUCAUGGAAACCUAAAGUCGUCAAACGUUCUUCUUGACGAGGACGAUAGGGUUCUUGUUUCUGAUUAUGGCUUCACUUCGCUCGUUGCACUUCCAAUUGCAGCUCAGGGUAUGAUGUCGUACAAAUCACCUGAGUACCAAAAGACCAAGACAGUUUCAAAGGAGUCUGACGUUUGGAGCUACGGAAGCCUUGUUUUGGAGCUCUUGACGGGAAAAAUCUCAGCUUGCGCAGCCCCACCAGGUGUGAAUGGCAUAAAUCUCUGCAGUUGGGUUCACCGAGCAGUUAGGGAGGAAUGGACGGCUGAAAUAUUUGAUAUGGAAUUAACACUAGUGCGCAGAAGAGCCAACAGUGGGAUGCUUAGACUGCUACAAAUUGCAAUGCGUUGCUGUGAUCCGUUGCCGGAGAAGCGACCGAAAAUGAAGGAAGUGGUGAGAGAGGUGGAAAGUAUAAGACUUCCUCAAUCAGACGUAGAUGAGGAUGAAGACUUGUCAUUGGAUCCGUCCUUAACCGAUGAUUCCCUGUCAUGGACUGCCCCCCCUGCAAGAGGGACAGCUGGUGGCAAGCCACGGCCAUCCACCCCUUCCGGGACCCAGAGACGCUAUAAGGAAUUUCACCCCGUCCCUGGCCCUCAUCGCUUGAUUCACCAACGACAGGAAUCGAACCCAGGAUCUCCCGUUUACAUAGGGCCUGGGAAACGCCCUUACCACUGGGCCAACCCGUGA